AUGGUGGCCAGUAAAGAAAGAGUGGCAAUGGGCUUCGUGGUCGCAGGGGUCCUCAUGGUGGUGUGCGGGAUCGUCCUGGCCAUCGUGGGUCCCAUCAUCAUUGACGACCAGAUUGUCAAGAACACGGUGAUCGACCCCGAGAAUGAGAUGUCGUACCACAUGUGGAAGGACAUGCCGGUGCCGUUCUACAUGUCCGUCUACUUCUUCAAUGUGCUCAACCCUAAGGAGGUCCUCCAAGGCGAGAAGCCCAUGCUGGAGCAGCGGGGGCCCUAUGUGUACAGGAAACAUUGCCAGAAGGAGAACAUUACGUUCCACGCCAACCACACGGUGACGUACCGAGAGAAGCGCAGUUACUUCUUUGAGCCUGGCAUGUCGGCGGGCAACGAGUCGGACGUGGUCACCAUCCCCAACAUGUUGGUGCUGGGCGCGGCGAUAAUGAUGGAGAACCUGCCGUUCGCCGUGCGUCUGAUGAUCAGCGCCACCUUCAAAACCUUCAAGGAGGGCCCCUUCCUCACCAAGCCCGUGGGCGAGCUGAUGUGGGGCUACGACAGCGACCUGGUGGACUUCCUCAACAAGUACCUGCCCGGCACGCUGCCCGCCUCUGGGAAGUUCGGCCUCUUCAGCGAGUUCAAUAACUCGGACACAGGCCUUUUCACCAUCUUCACGGGAAGGGACGACAUCCGCAACGUGCACAAGGUGGACUCGUGGAAUGGACUCACCCAGUUGAACUACUGGCGCACGCCUCAGUGCAACAUGAUCAACGGCACGGCCGGUCAGAUGUGGCCCCCCUUCAUGACCCGGCGCUCCACGCUGCCAUUUUACAGUCCGGACGCCUGCAGGUCCAUGGAGCUGGUGUACCAGCGUUCGGGCAACACCAAGGGCAUCCCGUUGUACCGGUACGUGGCGCCCAAGACGCUCUUCGCCAACAGCAGCGACUACGCCCCCAACGAGGGAUUCUGUCCCUGCCGCCAGUCGGGUUUGCUCAACGUCAGCAGCUGUCGACAGAAUUCUCCGGUCUUCAUUUCGCACCCUCACUUCUACAACGCCGACCCCGUCCUGCUGGACUUUGUGCGAGGACUGGAUCCCGACGAGGACCGCCACGGACUCUUCAUCGACAUCCAUCCGCUCACGGGCGUCCCCCUUAACGUGUCCAUCCGCCUGCAGCUCAACCUUUACAUCAAGCGGGUGUCAGGAAUUACCGAGACGGGGAAGCUCCCGGAGACCAUCAUGCCCAUGAUCUGGUUUGAGGAGAGCGGCUACAUCGAUGGGCCAGUCCUGGACACCUUCCACACCAACUUGGUGGUCCUGCCCGCCAUCAUGGAGGCCACGCAGUACGGAUUCAUUGCCGUCGGCGUGGUGAUGGUUGUUGUCGCCGCGCUGGUCAGGCGGUUGCUCAAGAAGGCUUCUUAUAAAGCGUCGCACCAGGGCAACGGUGCUCCGGAGAAGAGCACACAGGGGCCGUCAGGAUGA